AUGCGCGCGUCGCUCGCGCGCGCCGAGGGGGGGAGAUCGUCGAGCUUCGCGAGAGGGUCGGCGAGCGGCGUGCCGAAGACCCCGAGGGCGAAUGUUUCAUCGUCGCGACGCUCCGUGGUGGUGACGCCGACGCGGGCUGGGAAGAAGGACGCGCGGAAGGGGAAGAAGGGUGGUGCGGGGGCGCCCGCGCCCACGACGGGCGGCGGCGGCGGUGGCGCGGCGAGCAAGGGGAAGUAUAAAUCCCCGGGCGAGGUCAAGGAGGGGAGCGCGUACCAGACGGAGACGCGAAAGAUAAUUCUGAGCAUGUCGAAAGUGAAGAAGACGACGCCGAACGGGAAGGAAUUGAUCAAGAAUAUUAAUCUUGGGAUGUACCUGGGGGCGAAGAUCGGGAUCUUGGGGGCGAACGGUGCGGGGAAGUCGACGCUCAUGAAAAUUUUGGCGGGCGUCGACGCGGCGUUCGACGGCGAGGUGUACCUCGAGCCAGGAAUCAAGGUCGGGUACCUGUCGCAGGAACCGGCACUGGAUGACGGCGAGACCGUGGCUGAAAACAUCGCGGUCGGGGUGAAGGCGGUUCAGGAUGAUUUGGAUGAAUAUAAUGACAUCGCCAUGAAGAUGACUGAGGACGGCGCCGACGUGGACGCACUCAUGAAGCGCAUGGAUACGCUGCAGAACAAACUCGACGCAUCGAACGCGUGGGAACUCGAUCGCACUGUAUCUCGUGCGAUGGACGCCCUUCGAUGCCCUCCGGGCGAUGCGCUCGUUAAGAAUUUAUCUGGGGGUGAGCGUCGCCGUGUCGCCAUCUGCCGACUCCUGCUCUCGCAGCCGGACAUUUUGCUUCUGGACGAGCCGACGAACCACUUGGACGCCCAAUCUGUGGCAUGGCUCGAACAGUUCUUAGCCACGUUCAAGGGCACUGUCGUCGCGAUCACGCACGACCGUUAUUUCUUGGAUAACGUCGCCGGUUGGAUUCUCGAACUCGACCGCGGCGAAGGCAUUCCGUUCGAGGGCAACUACUCCGCCUGGCUCGAGAGUAAGGGCAAGCGCAUCGAAUCAGAGAACAAGAAAAAGAGUUCACUGGACCGACAAAUCGAACAGGAGCUCGAGUGGGUUCGUUCGAACGCCAAGGGCCAAGUCAAGAAGGGCAAGGCGAGACUUCGCCAGUACGAGGAGCUGUGCCAAGCGGCUGCUCAGUUCCAAGCUCGUGAAGAUUUGGACUCCAUCACCAUUCCCGCCGCUCCGCGCUUAGGUGAUGUCGUCAUCACCGCUAAUGGCGUGCAAAAGGGGUAUCCCGGCCGAGGCUUGCUCGUCGAUAACUUGAACUGCAUCAUCCCGCCGGGCGCCGUCGUGGGCAUUGUUGGCGGUAAUGGCGCCGGUAAGACAACUUUAUUCCGCAUGGUCACCGGCGAAGAGAAGCCCGACGGUGGUGAGCUUACCGUCGGUGAGACCGUCAAGCUCAUGUAUGUCGAUCAAAGCCGCGACAGCUUGGAUCCGGAGCAGUCGGUUUUCGACUGCCUCAGCGGCGGCGCCGAGGAAAUCAACCUCGGCAACCGUACGGUGAACGCGCGCGCGUACUGCAGCUGGUAUAACUUCAAGAGUGCCGACCAACAAAAGAAGGUUGGUACACUCUCUGGCGGGGAACGAAAUCGCUUGCAGCUCGCCAAAACGCUCACAAGUGGCGGUAACUGCCUCCUCCUGGAUGAGCCGACGAACGAUCUCGACGUUGCCACCCUGCGAUGCCUCGAGGACGCGAUUCAAUCCUGGAACGGCACCACCAUCUGCAUUUCGCACGAUCGAUGGUUCUUGAACAAGAUUGCCACCCACAUUCUCGCGUACGAGGGCGACUCCAACGUUGUCUUCUUUGAAGGCAGUUACGACGAAUACGAGGCGCACCGUCUCGAGCGCAUGGGCGGCGAAGAGCCCAAGCCCUUGAAGUUCCGUCCGAUGCCCGUAUGA